AUGGAAGGUUUUGAUGAAGAAAUUGAAGAGCCAGUUAGUCCUACAGGCCAAUAUUUGAAUAGCUCUUCUCUUUGUGUGAGCAUUUUAGGUAUCUUAGAAUCUGAGAUUCCAAUUGAUGAUCAUCAAACUUUGUCACUUCUUCAAAAUGUGUUCCUUCCCAUCAAUACACGUUUCUCUUCCAUUAUGAUUAAUGACCAAAAUGGAGAGAAGAAAUGGAAGAAAGUUGAAGUCAACCUACAAGAACAUGUACACAUUCCAAAAUUUCCAUCAACCAAUUCAUCACUCUAUGAUGAAAAUCUUGAAGAUUAUAUGUCCAAAAUAUCAAUGGAACAUUUACCUCAAAAUAGGCCACUUUGGGAAAUUCACAUUAUCAAAUAUCCAACAAAAGAUGCAGCUGGAACCCUAGUAUUCAAACUUCAUCAUGCCCUUGGAGAUGGUUUCUCUUUAAUGGGAGCUCUUCUUUCUUGUUUAGAAAGAUAUGAUAACCCUUCUCUUCCAUUCACGUUACCGACAAGUCAAAGACCUAAAUCGGUUUUUAACCCGAAACCAUUUUUUAAAAGAUCAAUUUUGUUUCCAUCAACAUUCUUCUCUAAGGUUUUUAAUACUGUUUCUGAUUUUGGAUGGAGUAUGUUGAAAAGUAGUUUGGUUGAAGACGAUGUUACACCAAUUAGGUCUCGUGCUGACGAUAUCAAGCUCAGGAAAAUUAUCAUCUCAAGUGUGAAUUUCUCUAUGGAUCGCAUCAAAGAAGUUAAAUCAAGACUUAGAGUGAGCACAAAUGAUGUAAUAGCUGGCUUAAUUUUCUAUGGAAUUAGAUUAUACAUGGCCCAAAUGAAUCAAGAAUCAAGCAAACACAAAUCAACAGCAUUGGUAUUACUAAACACAAGAAACAUUGGAGGUUACAAAUCACUUAAGGAGAUGGUUGAGAUUAAGAAAAACACUCAAAAUUCUAUUUGGGGAAAUCAAUUUGCAUUUUUGCAUGUUCCAAUUCCAGAACUGAGUGAUACAAGUAUUGAUAAUCCAAUUGAAUUUAUUUGGGAAGCUCAAAAAGAAAUUAAUAGGAAGAAAAAUUCUUUGGCCACACCUCUUACUGGUGUGGUUUUAAAUAUGGUGAAGAAAUUGAGAGGCCCUGAGGCUUCAGCUAGAUUUGUAUACAACACUUUGAGAAAUUCAAGUGCAACAUUUUCAAACAUAAUUGGACCAGUGGAAAAAAUGGCUUUAGCUAACCAUCCAGUUAAGGGUUUAUACUUUAUGGUUGUAGGUCCACCAGAGAGUUUAACUAUAACGAUGACAAGCUAUAUGGGAAAGUUAAGAAUUGCAUUUGGAUUGGAGAAAGAUUUCAUUGACAAACAAAAAUUCAUGUCAUGCAUUGAGACUUCUCUUGAGAUGAUGAUUACAGCAUCAAGAAAGAUUUCUAAAUAA